AUGUCGUCAAGAAAAAGCGUUCUUUGGAAUUUUUACGAUAAAUCCACUGACGAUGACAUAUGCACGAAUCAUAUCAAACGAAAACAUCCAUCUGUUAAUAUCGACAGAAUGUCAAAGGUGGCCCGAAAUUCUAUGUCUUCAAGUAUUGAUCUAAGCGAAGCAAAUGUUGAUGAGCCAGCAGAGACCGAUUUUGCUGUUUUGGCAAAUCAAAUUGUCGAUACUGCCAACAAAUUUCAAACAACACUGCAAAAUGUUUCUCGUCCUCAGUCUAGUCAGUCUGGUGAAAUUGGUUCUGAGUGUUCUGAUAUAGAUUCACUUUUAACUAAAUCAACUAAUUCAACACCUUCAUCUUUAGCAUGUAGCUCUACCCAGAGUCUGAACAGUUUAAAUCUGAAGCAGCCCAAAAUUUACGAAUCACUGUCGAAUAUUCAAGUAUAUGAGGAAAGAGGUUCCAAAACCCAAGCAAUCACCGAUGCAUUAAUUUACAUGAUAGCUAAAGACAACAUGCCUCUAUCAACUACAGAGAAGCCUGGUUUUAUUUACUUUAUGCGUAAAACAGCGCCACUGUACAAAAUUCCAUCAAGAAAAGUUGUUACAAAUUUAGUGAAAACUAAAUAUCAAGUGUUGUCUACUUUAGUUAAGUCUAGAUUGUCUAACGUUGAGCAUAUGACUAUAACAGCAGAUAUUUGGACCGAUAUAAUUAAUACAACUAGUUUCUUGUAUAUGACCGUUCAUUUUUUAAGUAUGUCAAAAGAUAGUUUAGAUAGUGUGACUAUUGGAGUUUUAGAACUAGCUGAUAGUCACAAUGCAAACAACAUUCGCGAAUGGUUUGAACAAAUUCUUAAAGAAUGGGGUAUUCAGAAGCAUCAAGUAUUAACUGUUGUUACUGAUAGUGGAGCCAACAUAUUGUCAGCUGUUAAAAAAGCAUUUGGUAAUGAUUAUCAUUUGCCAUGUUUUGCACAUACGUUGAAUCUCGUUACCCAAAGACCGUUAAAUGAACUUCCGGAUAUUCAGAUUAUAAUUUCUAAAAUCAAAAGUAUAGUUACAUUUUUUAAACAAUCAGUCUCCGCUAAUGAUGACCUUAAAAAAGUAUGUGACUUAAAUCUCAAACAAUCAGUACCUACCAGGUGGAACUCCAUAUAUUAUAUGAUCGAUCGGUUUUUACUAUGUUCUAACCAUAUUGCGUCAAUAUUAAUAACGAUUCGUCAAGGUCCCUCUAUGCUAUCUGUAGAUGAAAUAGGUAUUGCCAAGGAAAUUAAUUUAAUACUUAAACCUUUUGAAGCUGCAACUAAAGAGUUAUGUGGGGGAAACUAUAUAACUGGUAGCAAAGUUAUUCCAUUAAUUCAUUGCCUUAUUAAAAACUGCGAAAAGAUUAUUGUCAAUAAUCCUACUGUUGUACAAUUAAAGUCUGCCUUGUUAGACAAUUUAAAGCGACAGUUUGGUAGGAUGGAGGAAAUCGAAAUUCUUUCAAUGGCCACAUUAUUGGACCCUAGAUUUAAGACUUUACAUUUGAAUAAUUCAGUUGCAGUUUCCGUAGCAAUCCGCACAAUUUGCCUUAAAAUUUUAGACUUAAAAACUAAUUCUAGUGGUUCCAAUAAAGACUCUAGUGAUGAUGAUACCGAACAGGCUUAUAAUUUGUGGUCAUUUCAUAAUGAAUUGGUGUCAAAAAAAGCCUUGGAAAAUUCUGAAGAGAACAAUGAGUGUAUGCCAACAGAGCUAGAACAUUUUUUAAAACAACCUACAAUACCCUUACAUGAUGAUAUUUUUAAAUUUUGGAAGGUACAUAGAAUUAUGUAUCCUCAUAUAGCCAAAAUAGCUGAGCCAUAUUUAUCCCUUGUAGCCACAUCAGUUCCAUCAGAAAGAUUAUUUUCUAAAGCAGGUAACAUAAUGACUGCUAAACGAAAUAGGUUGAAGGGGGAAAAAUUACAGCAACUUUUAUUUUUAAAUUCUCUAAAUGUAGAUGACUGGCACUUAAAAUGA